AAAAGAUUAAAGUUGAGAUAUAUACCGUCUGCGCACCACGUGACUUCCUUUCCGGUCUAACCUGACAACAUGGACGCCAGCCGCGUGCAGCCGAUCAAGCUCGCAAGAGUUACCAAGGUACUCGGAAGAACUGGUUCCCAGGGACAAUGUACACAGGUCCGUGUUGAGUUCAUGGAUGAUAGCAACCGCUCCAUCAUCAGGAACGUGAAGGGCCCAGUCAGAGAAGGAGAUGUGCUGACACUUCUGGAGUCUGAAAGAGAAGCCAGGAGGCUGCGAUAGUGCCCACUGAAGCUGUGAGGUGCCGAUCCAGCGCUGUGGAACAGAGGACACCAUCCGUUUCACUUGGAAUGGCCUACAUCUCAUUUGUUCAGAUGUUUUGAAAUAAAUUUGGUUAUUAAGAUGGAA